AAGGUAUUAAAUGUCAAGUCCAUUGAGGUGAACGUUUUAAGACAAUUCGACUACCGCAUGGAGUUACACUCUGUACUGGACACUCGGAGUACCUAUCAAGCAUCAUCCUCCCAGGAAUACCAUGACUCUACAUAGUAUUGUACUAUUCCUUGACCUGCUAUACGAUCUUGUCGAACAAUUCUUCCCCAAAGAAGCCUCUUAUCAGUGACGUCGUUGGCUACCCCUCCAAGUCACAUGACCUUCUCCAACUCAAAUACAGAUCCCUGCAGUCUAGCGUGCCGACAGCUUAUCUUAUCAGCAAGGGACUACUUUUUUUUGACAUUGGACUCUCCAGCCUCACAUUGGACACAGCUCAAGCUCAGUGCUGCCCAUCGCAUUCAUCAUGGCACCCGAAACCAAAAACGACUUUCUUGAUACCGCCGACAGCGAUGAGGAGGACGAUGUUGGGUACAAUUCUGAGGACGAUGAUAUGAGAAAGGGUGGCCGAGGUGCCAAGCGACGGAAACUCGACUCGGACGACGAAGAUAAUCUGGGUAGCGAUAUCGAGCGCGAUGCCAGCGACGACGAGGAUGAGCCAACAGAAAAGGAUGCAGAAAAAACAGAAAAGGAAGAAAAGAAAGACGACAAACCGGAAAAGCCAAAGCGCAAGUCAAAAGACACAACUUCGACAGAACUGCCCGAUGUCACAAGAACAUUGACAAAGAAGAACCUCGUCGCCUCCGAAGCCGCCGUCAAGAAGUCAGGCGUCGUCUACCUCUCCCGUAUACCACCUUUCAUGAAGCCCGCCAAGCUGCGAUCUCUCCUCGAACCCUACGGCACAAUCAAUCGCAUCUUCCUCACCCCCGAGGACCCAGCCUCACAUGCUCGUCGCGUUCGCGCUGGCGGUAACAAGAAGAAAUCUUAUACCGAAGGAUGGGUCGAGUUCACAAAAAAGAAGGAUGCCAAGGCUGUAUGCGAUCUUCUCAACGCGCGCACCAUCGGCGGCAAGAAGGGCAGCUACUACCACGACGAUUUAUGGAAUCUUCUAUACCUCAAGGGUUUCAAAUGGCACAACCUCACAGAGCAAAUCGCUGCUGAGAACGCUGAGCGCGCUAGCCGCAUGAGAGCCGAGAUCAGCAAGUCGACAAAGGAGAACAAGGAGUUUGUCAGGAACGUGGAGAAGGCAAAGAUGCUGGACGGCAUGGAAGCCAAGGCAAAGGCCAAGAAGAGGAAAGCAGAUGGCGAGGGAGAGGGAGAGGGAGCGGGAGAAGACUCGGUGCGACAAGUCAAGAGAUCGUUCAAGCAAGUUCCUCUGGCGAAGAAGAAGACGGAAGUGGAAGAUCAACCAGCCGAGGUGACGAGGGUACUGAGCAAGAUUUUCUAAUCUGUAUAGCCAUUAUUUUGUUUUUUUGUUGCAUUUUUGUCUAUAACACCUGAUUUGAUCAAAACCACGACUUUUGAAGAUGUAGAAUCCAUUCAAGCAAGGCAUGAUAGGCAUCCAAUGAUUGGCAUGACCAACUCAUGGAGCCAAGUGGACCCUGAACUUUAUGACUCUGAG